AUGAGCACCGCUGCUGGAGAAUCGUCUUCCUCUUCCAAAAUGGUAGAGAACGCGCAUCCGACGACCACAGAGAAAGGGUGAGUCUCUCACGGAACUACUCGUUCCAUUCUGAUCCUUUUUGAUUUCAGCUCAGAGUACUUGGAGCAGCUGGCAAAUGAAGCCGAAGAGCUCAGGAAGAAAUUGGACCAGGAGCGGCAGAAACUAAAUGAUAUUCCCAGUAAGCCGGCCCAAUUAUCCGUCCAAAAAUCCAAAAAAAAAAGUUUUUCAGUCCAACAGGCCGCCGAACGGCUUGAUGGAAUGGGAAGUCUCGGAGUGAAACAGCGCAGAAUUCUGAAAGGACACGUGGGAAAGGUCCUGUGCAUGGACUGGUCGCUCGACAAGAGACACAUCGUCUCUUCGUCGCAGGACGGAAAAGUCAUCGUUUGGGACGGAUUCACCACGAACAAGGAGCACGCGCUGACGAUGCCGACGACGUGGGUCAUGGCGUGCGCAUUCUCACCGUCCAGCCAGAUGAUCGCGUGCGGGUAAGCACUAAAAAAUGAGAUGUUCAAGACGAAAAAUAUUAAUUUCAGAGGCCUCGACAACAAGUGCAGCGUCGUUCCGUUAUCGUUCGAGGACGACAUCAUCCAGAAGAAGCGACAAGUAGCCACACACACCUCCUACAUGUCGUGCUGCACUUUCCUCCGCUCCGAUAAUCUCAUUCUGACUGGAAGCGGAGACUCCACUUGUGCCAUCUGGGACGUCGAGAGCGGACAGCUCAUACAGAACUUCCAUGGACACACUGGCGACGUCUUCGCGAUCGACGUGCCGAAGUGCGACACCGGUAACACGUUCAUUUCUGCUGGAGCCGACAAGCAUUCGCUCGUCUGGGACAUCCGCUCCGGGCAGUGUGUCCAGUCGUUCGAAGGGCACGAAGCCGACAUCAAUACGGUCAGAUUCCACCCGAACGGAGACGCGUUCGCCACAGGAUCCGACGACGCGACGGUGAGAUUUCGAAGAUGCCGCCCAUUCAGUAUUCUGUUUUCAGUGCCGUCUGUUCGACCUGCGCGCCGACCGUCAAGUGUGUGUCUACGAGAAGGAAUCCAUCCUUUUCCCGGUGAACGGAGUCGAUUUCAGUCUCAGCGGUCGGUCGUCUUCCCCUUUUCCUUUUCAUUCUCUCUCUCUUUCUCUUCAGGUCGAAUUCUGUUCGCUGGCUACGGAGAUUACCGGGUCGGCGUGUGGGACUCGCUUAAAUGCAUCCGCCAUUCAGUCCUCUACGGCCACGAGAACCGCAUCAGUUGCCUCCGAACUUCGCCCGACGGGACCGCCGUUUGCUCCGCCAGCUGGGACUGCACCAUCCGUAUCUGGGCCUAA